UUACCAUCUAAAAAAUAGAUGCUAUGAUAAAUCACAAUUUCAUUGAAUAACGCUCAUCGAUUCAAAACAAUCCAAAAAUGAAAUCCAUCACCAUCAUUGGAAUCAUUUUGUUCAUAUUUGCUGUAACAAUUGUUUAUUGUGGUCCAGCAAUGCGUGAGAAUCCCGAAUUCAAACGUUUAUCACAAGAAAUUCAAGAAAAAGUUUGUUCCGGUAAAACAACUGAAGAACAAUUGAAUGAAUUGAAAAAAUGUAUGGAUGAUGUUAAAGACGAUAUUGGUGAGCGUGAAUCUAUGGAACAAUAUGUUCAAGAAUGUUUCAAAGAAGUUUAUGUUGACGUUGGAUUCACUGUUGAUGAAAUGUUUAAAGAAAAUGUUUAUAUGAUUUGUAGCGGUAAAUUUCGAAUGUGUGUACAUCAUAAAUCAAAAAAUCAACAGCAUAACAAUAUGGAUAAAAAUGGUGAUGACAAAAAAGAAUCAAGAGGUCCAAUGAGACAACCACAUAUGGAUUCUGAAUUUCAUCAAAAAUUUCAAAACAUGAUGGAAUGUAAACGAAAAGCAUUAGAAUUAUAAAACACAAACGAAUUUAAGAAAAAAAAUGAUUUUAAACUUUAAAAUAAAUUUAUUAUUAUUAUUA